GGGGCAUGAAGUAGGUGCCCACCUCCCCCACCCUCUUCCAUCUGCUUGCCGUUGCCUUCCUAUCAAUUCCUCUUUUCUUCUACCUCUCUCUUUCAUCAGCGAUGGGACGGAAGAAAGGGUAGGUGCCUCUUUCCUCUUCGUCCAUUGGGUGCCUCCUUUUGAAUGAAUGCGGAGGAAAGAGAAGUAGCAGACUCGAUCGUUGCUUCGGAACCUGGCCAUGGCGCUUGCAGCUUUAGCAGUGCUCUUCUUGUUCCAGCUCUGCCGCCUUUCCCUGUCCUUGAACCAGGAAGGUCUCUACCUGUUGCAAGCCAAGAGGGGGCUCGAAGACCCCGACAACGCACUCUCCGACUGGAACCCUCGGGACUCCACUCCUUGCAACUGGACCGGCAUCACUUGCUCGUCGGCGGGGGCCACCGUCACCAGCGUCGACCUCACCGGCCUCGGCCUUACCGGGCCCUUCCCUGCCUCCCUCUGCCGCAUCCCUAACCUCGCUUUCCUCUCCCUCUCCUGGAACAACAUCAACUCCUCCCUCCCGGACUCCGCCGUCGGUCCCUGCGCCGCCCUCGCCCACCUCGACCUCUCCCAGAACCUCCUCGUCGGCCCGCUCCCCGACGCCCUCGCCGCCCUGCCGUCCCUCGCUCACCUCGACCUCACCGGUAACAACUUUUCUGGCCCCAUCCCGCCCUCCUUCGGCCGCUUCCCCGUUAUCCAGGAUCUCUCGCUCGUCGCGAACCUGCUCACCUCCACUGUCCCUGCCUUCUUGGGCAACCUCACCACCCUCCGCCAGCUUAACCUCUCCUACAAUCCCUUCGCCCCCGGCGGCAUCCCUCCCUCCCUCGGUAAUCUCUCCUCCCUCGAGGUCCUCUGGCUCGCCGGCUGCAACCUCAUCGGCGAUAUUCCGCCAUCGCUCGGUCGGCUCUCGAAGCUUGCCGACCUCGACCUGUCCACCAAUGCGCUCUCCGGGCGUAUCCCGGAGUCCAUCGCCAACCUCUCUAGCGUCGUCCAGAUCGAGCUGUACAAUAACUCGCUCUCCGGUCCCGUUCCGCCGGGCUUCGGCAAGCUCAGCUCGCUGCUCCGCGUCGACGCCUCCAUGAACCACCUCGAGGGGUCUCUUCCGGAGGACCUCUUCGACGCCCCCUUCCUCGAGAGCGUGCAUUUCUACUCGAACCGGAUCACCGGCAGCGUGCCCUCUGGCGUCUCGCGCUCCACGAGCCUGAUCGAGCUCCGGCUCUUUGCCAACCGGCUCAAUGGCUCUCUCCCUGCCGAAUUGGGCAAGAAUUCGCUGCUUAUGGUGCUUGAUCUGUCGGAUAAUCUGCUCUCUGGUGAGAUACCACAGAGCAUCUGCGACCGUGGCGUACUAGAGGAGCUGCUUUUGAUCGACAAUUUGUUCUCGGGUCGCCUCCCGGAAGGCCUCAGCCGCUGCCGGACUCUUACCCGCGUCCGGCUCAGGAACAAUCAGCUGUCCGGCGAGGUUCCUGCCGGGUUCUGGGGAUUACCCCAUCUUUGGCUGCUCGAGCUCAGAGGAAAUUCCUUCUCUGGUGGGAUCUCUCCGGUCAUCUCCAGUGCCGCAAACCUCUCCAAGAUCCUCAUCGACGACAACCAGUUCAGUGGCAGCAUCCCAUCCGAAAUGGGAGCUCUGUCGAAGCUCUACGAGUUCUCCGCCUCGAACAACCGUCUCUCGGGGCCGCUCCCGUCGUCCCUCGGUUACUUGGCGGAGCUCGGGCAGCUCGACCUCCACCACAAUUUCCUCUCAGGCGAGUUGCUUCGUGGAAUCCAAUCGUGGAAGAAGCUCAGCGAGCUGAACCUCGCUGACAACGAGUUCACCGGCCGCAUACCUCCGGAGCUCGGCGACCUCCCAGUGCUCAACUACCUUGAUCUCUCCGGCAAUCUGCUCACCGGCGACAUACCCCUGCAGUUGCAGAACUUAAAGCUCAACGAGUUCAACCUAUCAAACAAUGAUCUCUCGGGCCCUCUUCCACCUCUUUUCGCACGCGACAUCUACCGGGACAGCUUCCUGGGCAAUCCGGGAUUGUGCCACGAGUUCUCGGGCUUGUGCCCUGUUUCACGUGGCACUGGGGAUCGUCACGGCUUCAUCUGGUUGCUCCGCUCGAUCUUCAUGCUGGCUACGUUGGUCUUUGUCGUCGGAGUUGCGUGGUUCUUUUGGCGGUAUCGGAAGUACAAGAAGGCGCAGCUGACACCAGACAAGUCCAAAUGGACGUUGACCUCGUUCCACAAGCUCGGAUUCAGCGAGUACGAGAUCCUGGAUUGCCUCGACGAAGACAAUGUGAUUGGGAGUGGCGGCUCAGGGAAGGUCUACAAGGCGGUGCUAAGCAACGGAGAGAUGGUCGCGGUGAAGAAGCUAUGGGGCACAUCGAAGAAGGACGUCGAGAACGCGAACCAGUCCGUGGACGAUGGUUUCGCGGCGGAGGUCGCGACGUUGGGGAAGAUUAGGCACAAGAACAUCGUGAAGCUGUGGUGUUGCUGCACUCACAAGGACUGCAAGCUUCUGGUGUACGAGUUCAUGCCGAAUGGGAGCUUGGGAGACCUGUUGCACAGCAACAAAGGAGCACUCUUGGACUGGCCGACGAGGUACAAGAUUGCGCUCGAUGCGGCGGAGGGGCUCAGCUAUCUACACCACGACUGCAUGCCGCCGAUCGUGCACAGAGAUGUGAAGUCCAACAACAUCCUGUUGGAUGGUGAAUACGGUGCCAAAGUAGCAGACUUCGGGGUGGCGAAAACUGUGGAGAUGAUGGGGAAGGGACCCAAAUCCAUGUCCGUGAUCGCUGGUUCAUGCGGAUACAUCGCGCCAGAGUACGCGUACACUCUGCGGGUGAACGAGAAGAGUGACAUCUACAGCUUCGGCGUGGUGAUCCUGGAGCUUGUGACGGGGAAGUUCCCGGUCGAUCCAGAGUUCGGGGAGAAGGACUUGGUGAAGUGGGUGACCUGCGCAAUGGAGCAGAAUGGGGUGGACCAUGUGAUUGACCCAAAGCUUGAUGUGCGCCAGCAUAGGGAGGAGAUCAACAAGGCGCUCAGCAUCGGGCUUCUCUGCACCAGCUCUCUUCCGAUCAACCGCCCGUCGAUGAGGAGGGUGGUGAAGAUGCUCCAAGAAGUGAGAGCAGAGAACAGGACCCAGAUCGAGACAAAGGAUGGGAAGCUCUCUCCUUACUACCGUGAAGAAGUGGAUCCCAACUCUUCGGUGUAAGAGCUUCAGCAUCUGGUGAGACAAGAGAGUGUGACUGUAAAUGGAUGGAUCGUCAGUGUGGUCUUAUCUACAACAUGAAUGAAGUGUCAACCAACUGAAUGCUACCGUA